CUAGCUCUCAAGUGACAAUUACCUUGUCAAUAAUUUUUAAUUUUCAUAAUAAUAACCUAUUUAAAAUUGUAUUUACAACAAUAAUCAGUCCCUAACAGCUAUUAUUAAUUGUUGAAAAAAUGGCUAGUGCCAAAAUCAUCGAGUUAAAUGACGCCAAUACCUGCAAAGUUUGUGAUAAUGCUCUAGCCAGAUACUCCUGCCCACGAUGUAACAUAAUAUACUGCUCCUUAACCUGCUACCAAGCAGAGGUUCAUUUAGAUUGUUCAGAAAGUUUCUAUAAAGAAAACGUUAUGAGUGAACUAAAUCUGGACUCAGAUCAUCCUGAGAGUAAAGCCAAAAUACUGGAAAUACUGCAGAGAACCCACGAAAACAACAGAAUGGGCUCGCCUGCAAUGUUUGCGGACAGCGAUCAAGAGUAUACUAGUGAUGUCGACUUAGACGAUCUUGAACUGAAUGGUGCUGGACCGUUCUCUCAAUUCGUGGAUAUUGAAGAUUUAGAAGAAGACUUGGAUUCAGAUGAUGAUAUUUACGUUGAUUUAUCAGAGAGAUUAGCCGGUGUAAACUUGGAUGACGCCGAUACAAUAUGGGAUAAAUUAACUAAUGACGAAAGGCAGGAUUUUGUGGCGUUUUUAAAGUCUAAGGACGUCUCCAAGUUAAUACCAUCCUGGACCCCGUGGUGGAUGUACAGUGAAGCGAAAGUUUCUGAAGUAAACCCCGAAAAUUCGGAAGGUUUUAAAUCACAAUGCCCCAAAGUGGGUAACGUUAAGGAUUUUGCAACUGUUACCACAAAACGUCCGGCAAAUUGUGUAAAAUAUAACCUGAUUAAUCUCCUAUGCGCUUACGCGUUUACUGUUCGCUACUACAAUGGCGAAUACGCCGACUUUGCCAAUGAAGCGGUGGCAACUAUAGCCGCCCUAUCUUUGGCCCUCAAAAAGGGCCUGAACUUCGAAGACUACGAGACUGCCGUUAAAAGUGUGGAACAAGAGUGUAUUAAUUGUGAAUGGAUUGUAACAGACGCAGAAAAUUUGGAUUUAAUGAAGGACGAUAUUGCCAAAAUUCUCAAGGGGCCAAAUCCGCAGGAGAGCUCUUUCUACGUAUUAUGUGCGUUAAGUGACUUUCAGAACCUGCUGAAGGAAUGUAGGAAACCUAAAGAACAAAACUCAACUGGUGGCUUCAGCGCUCAAUUUCUCAGUGAUCAGUUCCCGCAAAUCCAAUACGAAACUAAAGAUAAAAUUAAGAAGUAUUUAAAGAAGACCGACUAUUUCCUUAGUUUCGCCAAAGAUGUGCUGAAAAUGUGAUCUAUUCUAUUGCAAAUAUCCAUGUUCCAUUUUCCAACAAUCCCGCUUAAUUUCUGUGUUUGAAUGUAUCACUAGCGUAUUUAUUUGUUGAGAUUUCCACAGGUUUGACAAUAUGUAUUUGUAUGCGUAACGGACAAAUAGUAUGUUGUGGCCAAGGGGAUUGUGAAACCGUCAAUAACAAGUAAAUAAUUGCCCCUUAAACGACAAUCUUGUUUGGAGGCUUCGAAGUUGUUAUUAAUAAAAGUGUUAUUCUA